AUGGCGCCGAAGCGGAAGCGUGCAUCGCGUGCGUCUGCUGCCGAUGAUGACACGAACCCUUGGGAUCUCCCUCCACCGCCUGGCCAGGGCAGACUGAAGCUAACGGCGAACGAGUUUGCUGUUGCCAGGGGUCCAUGUUCGGAGGAGGAGUCAGCACAUUCAGCACAUCUUCCUCCAACAUCUUUUGCCAAGGGUUCAGCCAAGAAGGCCACCAACCAAACAGGCGACAGCCAGGCAUCAGCAGCCGUGGCAACGCCAAAGAGGAAGGUGACACGUCGUGGUUUCUCGAGCUCCCGCAAGAAAUCCAAGAAGUGUGUAGCAAAAGCUAAGGCGAAGGCGAAGGCAAAGGCCAAAUUCAAGAAUAGAUCGUCCCCGAAGGCUGCGGCCAAGGCGAAGACAAGGCAUGCACAAAAGGCCAAGGCCAAGGCUAAGUCUACCCCGAAGGCCUCCAAGAAGCGAGCCAAGAGCAAAGCAGCCAAAGCUUCAGAAGCAAAGACGCAAGACAGCAACAGCGAAAGCAGCAGCGACAGCAGCGACAGCAGCGACAACAGCUCCAGCGGCUCCACCAACAAAAACAGCAAUCUCGCCGACAAGCCACCUGCAGCACCAGAGCCAGUUGAAGUCUUUAGCCCGGUAUCCUGUUUGGUUUACGACGACAGCGAGUGCCAGGAUGAGUGUAUGCCCAUGUCCGAGUCCAAGCUGCCUGAGUCUGCACUCGGCAAAGCCAACCAGGCCGUCUCUCUUCGAGACAUGUUUUCGCAUCACUUUCGAUCCGUUCUACGGGUUCAAGAGCAUUGGGGAGAUGAGGCUAUGACCAGGUUGCGUGACAACGUGGACUUCAUGCGAGUGACAAGCCUGUACAGUGGCUUGGGCGGUGCCGAGCUAUCGGCUUCACUGGCGCACAUCGCGACCGUAGAUCAUUGCAAACUUCAUGGUUUGGUGGUUCCGGGGGCUCCGAUACCUGUCAUGGCCUGUGAAGCGGUGCCACCACGCAGCAUUGUAGGCAACUUGCUGGAUUUUGUGAGCCAGGAGGCCGUGGCGGAGAUGCAAUCGUUGCUGGAGCAAGCAAAGACCAAGCCUGCUUUUGUGCAACACAAAGGGGCCUCCAAAGGGGAUGCCAAGGUUUCUGGGAGAGGCCGGCCUAAAGGAGGGUCAUCCCCUGAGUUCAAGGAGGCAGCUGCUCGUGAAGCUCGGUCACUCGUUCAAUCCAUGCUUGCAGCCAUAGACAAGCAUGGUGGCAUCCCAGAUGCUAUAUGGGACACAAAGCAUCGCAAGGUGGGCCAAUGGAUUCUCGCAGGGGUUCCCCUACGUAUGUGA